AUGUUCAAAGUAGCCAAGAAUAAAAAAUUACUAGCUUCAAGUGGACUUGCUUUGAAAAGCAGUUAUAAAGUCUCUAACUCUACAGUUAUCAAUAAUUUUGAGAGCAGAAGUUUUAAGAAUAAAAAAAAUUUGUAUAAUGUUGUUGCUAAGCGUUCAGGUGAUGUUGCUUUCAGCUACUUGAAUGGCGAGUAUAAAUAGAAUACUUUGGAUACACAUAUGAUAAAGGAAAUCACUCGUUUUUUAGAAUCAUAUGAAAUCGACUCUAGUAUUAGAGCAGUAUUUUUAGAAAAUUCUAAGGAAGCUGGUGUUUUCUCUAAAGGAACAGACUUUAAAUUUUUAAUGAAGAAGAUUGCUGAAAAAGAACCUCAUAAGGCAUUCGAUUAUUUGCGUGAACUUUAUGAUUUCGCUAUUUUCAUUGGAAAAUACAACAAACCUUUAUUGAUCAAUAUUAAUGGACUUAUAACUGGCUCAGCUGCAAGUAUUUUUACAAGAGCUCCUUUUGCACUUGGUAGCAAAAAUACUAAGUGGAGAUUGAAUGAAACUUCCUUAGGUUACAUUCCUGAUGCUGGUGCAAGCUACUACUUGAGCAGACUUAAUAUGGAAUUAGGUACAUUCUUAGCUUUAACCGGAUGGUAAAUUGAUGGCUACGACUUGAGUAGAUCUGGUAUCGCUUUUGAAAGAAUGUUUGCUACCCAUUAAAAUAUUGAAGAAAAUUGGAAAGUCGCCCAUAAGAAGCACGAUUAAGAAACUACUUCUGAAGAUUUAUAUGGACUCAACAAAUUCGUAGAUUUAACUAAACAAUUGUACUAUAAAGAAACUUACUUCUCAUAACUUAAUGAAGAAGUAUACAACAGAAUCCAUAAACAAGGAGAAAUUUAUUAUAGAAAUGAAAACAAAAGAUUAGCUAUGGCUGAAAUUUUAUAUAAGCAUCAAAUGCAAGAUAGAGCUAAUUUAGGAUUCAAGGCAGAUGAUUUAUUCAAUAGAUCUCACGAAAUUUUAAAUAGAUUGCUCCACUAUGAAUAAUGUGUCAUGUUUGAUUUAGGACUUGAAAAUAUUGAAUUAUAAACUAGUGGUACAGUUACUAGUCUUCCUCUUUUCACAAUUGGAAGAUGCUUCAGUGCCAACUCUAUUGAAGAAAUUAUUGAAAGAUUAAGAGAAGAAGAUACUCAUUUCUCUAGAGCUUGUAUCAAGUCUCUUGAAUCUAAAUCUCCUUUAGCUUUGAAGCUUACCCUUAAACUUCUUAGAGAAGGUAUCAACUCCUCUUGGAAGGAAUGCUUCGAAAGAGAAUUUAGAGUAGCUUGCCGUAGACUUCUUGAUAAUGAAGUUAUGAGAUGUAUUUAAUCCGAAAUUGUUGAAGAAGCUAGAGGCUUCAAAGAUUGGGACUACAAAGUACUUUCUUAAAUCAGUAAAGAUCAAGUUGAAAGUUACUUCAGACCUUUGGUUGAAGAAAAGAGAUUUGAAGGUGUUUCUGAAUAUCAAGGUGACUUAAAAGAAAACUGCUUAUAUCCUACUAAAGACUUUUACAGAGAUUACCCUGACACUGUCAGAUAUUACUUAAACUAAGACAACUUAAGAGAUGCUUACCAAAGAAACUCUCAAAUAUAUGAUGUUGAAGAGUUCUUGUAAAGCCACAAUAUCAACAGCAAGAGUCCUGCAAUUAAUAUUGCAGAUCUUAGAGAAAAAUUCUACCUCAUGGAAAAGCUCAACAGAAAGAAAAUUGAAAAGCUCAACCGUUUGAGCUAACUCAGUGGCAGCGAAUUCAGCAUCAAGAACUUCUAUGAAGUUAGAAAGGCUGCUAUUGAUAACUUAUUCUCCAACAAAUAACUUGUUGAAUAAAAAGUUGAUGAAUUUUCUGCUUAAGUUUUUGAAGAUUUCAGAAAUGAGCGUCUUUAAUAAAUUAAAAAGAUUUCUCAAGUUGCAGCUGUUGAAAAGAAGGAAGAUUUCUUUAUGAAACUCCGUCAAAAGAUUAUUGAUGAGAGAUUAGUUGAAUCUGAUAAAUUAGAAGAAAUUACCAUCAGAGAUUAUCCUGGUCUUCAAUAUCCUUUAUUCUUCCCUUUUGAUAACAAAGACAACAUUAUUGAAACACAUAACCCAUACGUUAAAACUCUCUUCAAGGACGUUUUGAAUCAAAUUAAAGUUGAAUCAAGAGGCACUCUUGUUAAAAAUUACAAUUUCGAUUUAAAAGAAAUUGAAAGUAUCAUGGAAGAAAAGGAAUUUGGAAAGAAACUAAUUGAUAGAUUACAUUUACAAUAUAGUGAUAGAGUUAAUUGGUUUAAUAAGGCUAGAGAAUAAUAUGAAAUUAGAUACGGAGACUACAGAGGAAAUUUAGUUGAUAAGUGGUACGAAAGACUCAUUGAAUCUGGAUACAAGGUUGAUGGUAUUAGAGAAAUAUUGUAAACUUAAACUAACGAAUAAGUUAAAUAAAUUAUUUAGAAUAACGUAACUGAUAAUCUUAAGGAUUACAUUUAUGAAUUCUUAUCAGAUUUAAAAGUAAGCAAAAGUAUCUUCGAAGAAUCAGAAAAUACUCAAAAUUAAUAAUAACUUGCUGAAGAGGUUUUGAAGAUUUCAAAGGAAGGAAUCAACCAAUAUUCCAAUUUAAUUAGCUUAGAAAAUGGAUAAAAACAUAACAUCCAAUCAAACUUUGCUCUCAAGCCUCAUGAAUAAGCUCUUGAACUCUUCAAGAAAUACAUUAAUCAUGAUGAAGAAUUAAAAGAAACUCUCACCAUCCUCUUAGAAUCUUAAUAAUCUAAGAGCAAGAACUCAAUCAUUGAAAAAACUAGACAAGAAAUGCUCAAGCUUUUGACUUAGAUUGUCUAAAGUAAACUUGAACAAAUUUAUGGUAAAAAUAACUAUAAGAGUUGCUUAGUAACCGAAAAUGGAGAAAAAUAUUACUAAUUUGAUCAUGCUUUCAUGUCCAGAUUUGAUAACUACAUUACAGAAAACUUGGAAUUCGAUAUCCAAUAAUAUCUUUCAACUCACACAUUAUUCAUGUUUGGUGCUUUAGGUCUCCAAAGAUUAGAAAAUCUUUUCAGAAGAAUUUACAACGCUUCUAGAAAGGCUUAAAAGGGUGAUCAAGAAAGCGCUUAAGAAUCUGCUGCAAGCAUCAUUUAAAUCUUAAAGGAUUAUGGUUUGGAAGUUAACUCCACAGAAGAAUUGGAAGAAUUUACCAAUUAUUUAAAUAACUUGACUUCUACCUUUGCUAGUUUAUAUGUUGGUUAUAAGAAUCACCUCAUUUUCUCUGAAGACAAAGCUUUAGAAUUGUAAAAUCGUACUAAAUUUAUUAAGGAAAGAGAACAAGAUGAAUUGAGCUUUUCAAAUUAUGCCAUUAUGGCCUACGAAUAAAAGGAAAAAUUCAUUGAUUAAUUAAGUGCUUUAGGUUCAUAAUUAGAUGAAAAGGAAUGUGAAUUUAAGGUAGAAUUCUCAGAUUAAAUUAAAUCUGUAUAGAGACUAGUUGAAAAGCCUUUAAGAGAUGGAGAAAACAAAGAAUAAAGAAUUUAAUUAAUUAAAUAUUAACUCGAAAAACUCGAUGACUUCAAACUCCCUAAGAAGCUUAUUACUGGUUUUGUUCUUUAUGCUGAAAAGCUUGAUAGAUUAACUUAAACUUCCAUUCACGGAAAAGCUUAUUAUGUCCCUGAAAAACUUUAAAUUGAUCCUGAAGAGGCUCAAAUUCCUGAAGUAUUUGAAGAUUUAGAUUCUAGAAUGACUGUUCAAUAAUGGUUAGAUGCUAAAUUAAAAAUUUUUAUCAGAAAAAUCUUCAAUGCUCGUUACUAAUAAGAAAAGAUAUUGAAUCACCACGAUUUAUUAAUGCUUGAUUACGAAAUCAGUAAGUUCUUAAUGCCUGAAUCUCUUAAAUAAUCAAUGUACGAACAAUUAGACAGAGAUAUGGAAACUUUGAGAAUAUGCAGAGAAUACUAGGUUAGUGAAAGAAGCAAGGGUGAAGCUGAAAUGCAAGAAUUCUUAAAGAAAAAGCAAAUGGAAGUUGGUAAAAUUAGAAAUCCUAAAGCUGUUGAAAAAUUAAAUGCCUUCCGUAUUUGGAGAGAAUAAAAAUACGCAAACAGAGAUCCUACCGCUGCUGAAUUUGAAUAAAUAAUGAAAAUCGAAGGUGAAUUAAUAUUAGAAUCAACUCUUGCUCCCUAUGGAUAGAUUGAAACAGAUAAAGAAAUAGAAAAGACUUAUUUACAUUUACUUGAUAUUCAAGAUUUCUCUGAUCUUGACACUACAAGAAUUACUAAAGAAAAGACCCUCACUGAAGAAUAUAGAUUAUCUAUUGAUCAUUUAAAGAACUCUAUAGUUACUAAGAAGGGAGAUCAUUUAUAUGACGACAUUAAUCUUUUCAUUAAGCAAAUUUCAGUUUGA